GAAGGAAAACCCAAGAAGAAGCGCUCUUUCCUGAGCAUCCCCCGCUCUUCGUCGCACUCGAAAGACGACGAGUCUACACCCACCGGGACAGGGCUGAGCGGAGCGACUGCGGCUGAUUCGGACAGUGUUGAUCGGGGUUCUAAGCGGAGCUUCGGCAGGCGCAGGGCAGGCAGCACCGCCAGCAGCAAACGCUCGCAGCAGAAAGCUGCAACAACGGAGAAGGUGGAUCCCCCACCCGCAGUCCCUGUUUCCGAACCUCGCCCGGCUUCUUCGAAUAAGAGCAGUAGAGCGAAGAAGGGCGGCCUGCUCGCGUGCCUACCGUGUUUCGCCCCGAAAGGAACACUCGACGACGAGCCCACCGAAAACGUGAAGCAGACCAGCAGCGUCAAGCCCACGCGGACUACUCAGUCUGCUCCAGCAAAGAAGCCGGAGCAAAGCGCCUUGGAGUCGAGCACAGGUAACUCAAAGCGUCCGGUGGACGAGAAGACCGGUGAAACAUAUGGCGUAGAACGCGAAAAGGCCGCGCACGGUGGCGGAGCUACCGAGAGGAACCCUUCCACCGACGGUCCCCCAAGAAUAACAACUCGAACAUCCUCAGCGAAAAAGAGUCAAGAACAACCACUUCCGCCCCUGCCCAACCACUCAGGGCGAACAGAGGCUAUGGCCGUGCCAGAGAUCGGAGUUCAAGGCCCGACGCCCGUGCCCUCGCCCACACAACGCAGACCCUCAGUUGAGGGUGAGCAGUUGAUCCAUGAUCAAACUCCCGAGCAGCACCAGCGAGACAACGACCUCGAGAUGAGAGAUGUCCCACUCUCUUCAGACGAUGUUCAUGCAGAGGAGCUAGCGACCGUGGAACAGACCCAAAAGCACGUUACAGUCCCAGAGGUGCCUCCACCACCUCCGCUGCAGCAGCACGACAAGGAAGUCGAGGGUCGAAGGCAGUCCGAAGUUGAAGUGUUCCCGGCCAAACAGAGCCUAUUACCACCUAUAAGGCCUGAACACAAAGGCAAGAAAUGCCUUGUUUUGGAUUUGGAUGAGACUCUGGUCCACAGUAGUUUCAAGAUUCUCCAUCAAGCGGAUUUCACCAUCCCUGUUGAAAUCGAGGGCCAGUAUCACAAUGUGUACGUUAUCAAGCGGCCUGGCGUAGAUGCUUUCAUGAAACGGGUUGGGGAGCUGUACGAAGUGGUCGUGUUCACCGCAUCUGUUUCCAAGUACGGCGAUCCGCUGCUCGACCAACUGGACAUCCAUGGCGUCGUCCAUCAUCGACUUUUCAGAGAGAGUUGUUACAACCACCAGGGCAAUUACGUCAAAGACCUUUCACAAAUUGGUCGUGACCUGAAGGAGACCAUCAUCAUCGACAACUCUCCCACAUCUUACAUAUUCCACCCUCAGCAUGCAGUUCCCAUCAGCAGCUGGUUUUCGGACGCUCACGAUAACGAACUGCUGGACUUGAUUCCCGUCCUCGAGGAUCUUGCCGGACCACAGGUCGGCGAUGUAAGCCUGGUUUUGGAUGUCGCCUUAUGA